GAGGAGCACAGCCCGCUGACAGGCGCUCGAGGCAGCUGCCAGGUCGAUCUGCGGCCUGAAGCCCCCGGGGCCGCAGCGUCCAGAUCCGUGCGCGGCGAGACGCGCCCCGGGACUCCGGUUCCCGCAAGCAGCUCACUCAGCGCGCAGAAAGUUAAGCUGAAACCACUCAGCUUCCACGAUGGCACCACCCAAAUUGCAUGCACUUUUCUGCCUCUGCAGCUGCCUUGCACUGGUUCAUCCUUUUAACCAGCAAGACUUAAAUCCUGUUGCCCAUCUGAAGUCGUCAGCAUGGUUAAGUAAAAUACAGGCUCUGAUGGCUACUGCAAACUCUGGCCAAACUAAAAUCCCCAGAGGGAAUGGAUCCUAUCCUGUUGGUUGCACAGACUUGAUGUUUGACUACACUAAAAAGAGUACCUUCUUGCGGUUGUAUUAUCCAUCCAAAGGUGAUGAUCACACUGACACUGUUUGGAUACCAAACAAAGAAUAUUUUUAUGGUAUUAGUAAAUUUCUUGGAACCCAGAAUUUCAUGGGCAAAAUUUUGCAAUUUUUCUUUGGUUCAAUGACAAUUCCUGCAAGCUGGAACUCCCCUCUGAGGGCUGGUGAAAAAUACCCACUUAUUAUUUUUUCUCAUGGCCUUGGAGCAUUCAGGACAAUUUAUUCUGCUAUUGGUAUUGACCUGGCAUCUCAUGGCUUUAUAGUUGCUGCUGUAGAACACAGAGAUGAAUCUGCAUCUGCAACUUAUUAUUUCCAGGACCAGUCUGCUGCAGAAAUAGCAAACAAGUCUUGGCUCUAUCUUAAAAUUGUGAAACGAGGGGAGAAAGAGCAGUCUCAACGAAAUGAGCAGGUGCGGCAAAGAGCAAAGGAGUGUUCACAGGCUCUCAGUUUGAUUCUUGACAUUGAUUCUGGAAAGCCAAUGAAGAAUCUCUUAGAUUUAGAGUUUGAUGUGAAACAACUGCAGGACUCCAUCGAUAGGAAUAAAAUAGCCAUUAUUGGACAUUCUUUUGGUGGAGCCACAGUUAUUCAGGCUCUGAGUGAAGACCAGAGAUUCAGAUGCGGUAUUGCCCUGGAUGCGUGGAUGUUCCCACUGGGUGAUGAAGUAUAUUCUAGAAUUCCUCAGCCUCUUUUUUUCAUCAACUCUGAACAGUUCCAAUACCAUGAGAAUAUUGAAAAAAUGAAAAAAUGCUACUUACCUGAUAGAGAGAGAAAAAUGAUUACAAUCAAGGGUUCAGUCCAUCAGAAUUUUGCUGACUUCACUUUUACAACUGGCAAAAUUAUUGGAUGCAUGUUCACAUUGAAAGGAGAAAUAGAUUCAAAUGUAGCUAUGGAUCUUACCAACAAAGCUUCAUUAGCAUUUUUACAAAAGCAUUUAGGACUUCAGAAAGAUUUUGACCAGUGGGAUGCCUUGAUUGAAGGGAAAGAUGACCAUCUUAUUCCAGACACCAACAUUGACACAACCAACCAAAAUGCCAGUCUACCAAAUGCUCCUGGAAUAAAUAGCAUAUAGAUACAAGAGCUUUUAAAAAAAAAAAAAUCAUUCUAAAACUGUCUAAAAGAAUGUGUGUGAUUUUGAUGUAUUUUCUGAAAAGAAAAAACUCAUGUUAAAAAAUGUUGGCUGUACAAUAACACUGAAACUUAGACUAAUAUUUUCCCUUUUAAAUGUAAAGAAAGGAUUCUGUGUACAAAAAUCAUGCUAGCCUAAACAUUAAUAGUACAAUGAUUCUCUUUCAGUAUCAAUAUUAAAAGUUGUGUUUUCAUUACCCAGUGGACAAAUAUGUUACAUUAGGUAUAAUGGCAAUGAAAACAUGUUGCAAUAACACAUCCUAAAAGUAUAAUAAAAUUUUUUUCUUGCCUUUAUUUUCUUUAUUAUGAGCAAUAGAAUUG